CUCAGUCCGCUGCUUCGGACACAAAACUGGUGCAAUGUAUUAAAUACCCCGCGGAAGAAGACGAAGAGAGCGAAAGCAGGGGACACGCGGAGAGAGAGCAAAUGCCGAAAUCAUCAUCACCGUCACCUAUCAUCACCCCCAUGAACCCCAUCAUCAAAACCCACCCCCAAACCCUAACCCUAACCCCACCACCACCCCAACCUCCAACCCUAAACCCCAACCCCCCUUCCCAAGAGCACGACGACAGCGACGACGAUCUCCUGCGCCUCCAAUCGUACCCCCAAUCCCUCCUCAUGGACGAGGAGGAUGAUCUCGAGCCCAACCCCCACCGCGACCUAACCCUCAAUCCCCCGCAGUCCUCCAACCCUAGUUCGGACGAAUCCCCCUUCUCCUCCGUACUCUUACGCGAUCCCGACGACGACGACGAGGAGGAGGAGGAGGAAGAGGCUGCCGACGAGGAGGACGACGAGAUCGAUGGCAACCAAGACCGGAAGCCCGCCCUCAACGCCCUCCCCGGGUCCUCCACUGCUCCCGCUCCCGCUCCCGCUCCCGGCCCCGCCCCCGCCCCCGGCCCCGCCGCCGACCCCCCCGUCCCCCCAGCCCCCUAUAUCGACCCGUCCCCCCACAUCUCCUCCCAGUUCUACACCUUCAACCGUGACUCCCAUGCCUUAAUGGUGCGCUGCAUCCUGGAGGGCCGGCUCGCGACUCCGGACGAGAUCCGCGGCGCCACCCCCGCCCCCGUCCUCAAGUCGUGGCGCUCCGUGUGGAAGGACCGCAACGAGGACACCGCUUACCUGACGGCUUGGAAGCGCAUCCAGGACAAGCUCGCGGCCCAUCUCGACUCCACCCCAGGCUCCCUCCCUGCCCUCUUCUUCAAGAACAACCCCGCCCAGCGCGUCUCUCAUGUCGACCAGUGGCAGGAUAUUGUCGCCACUGCGCAUGCUGACCCUGACUUCCUCCGCCACCUUGGCCUCAAGGAGACUGUCGACCGCAUCAAGCAGUCCUGGACCGUGGGCGCCAAGUUCUAUGGUAUUCCCGAGUCAUUCAUCCGGGUCUGUGUCGCUUCCUGCCCCGUCUGCACCUCUGCUUCCUCUGCCAUGUCCCAAGGUGGUGUUUCUGCCGCUGCCCGCUCCAAGCGCCGGCGGUUCGAGUACACCGAGUCCUUUGAUGUGCCUGCGAAGGAUGUGCCUCGCCGGCUCCAGCAGCUCGCGGCUAAGCACAAGGUGGUUCUUUGCAUCCGCCAGAAGUACAUCCGGUACAAGCCCUUCAUGGCAGAGGUGAAAGACUAUGCCUGCCACCGAGCUGGGGAGCCAUCCUCGGCCUCUGCUUCCUCCAAGAAGGCCAGGGUCUUGAAGAGGGAGCCUUACCAGUCCAAGCGAUGUGGGUGUGGGUUCAGAAUCCGGGCUAUUGUUCCUAUCGCCAACUACAAUGAGAAAGACAAGACCUUUGUGUACCAGGAGGAGGGCACUGCAGUGUUCAAGCUGUAUGCUGUGCACUCUGGGCAUGAGCCUGGCCCGCUCGAUGGGAAUGCCAGGAUCAUGCACCGGGUAGUUGGGCACAGGGGGAGUUUCGACCUUGACCCAGCAGACUACGGGGUCAGGGACGAUGCUGAGCCUGAAUCAUUCAGUAACCUUAUAGGGAAGGAUCACAGUGGGGAUCUCCACCACAUGGUGCUGCAGCAGCUCCAGGAGCUCAGGGUGGAGGCUGGGUUGCUGGAGGGGAAGAUUGCUAAAAUGCCACUGGAGAUGCUGGGUUCUCUGUCACGUGAGCUGUUCGAUAUUCUUCACAGGCUGAGAAGUGUGGCUGGAACUCAACACGCAGAGGAGGCUCUGGUAGCAGGAGAUGAGGAGGUUGGGCAGUGGGGUCAUGAUGGCAACCAUCACCUUGACAGGCAUGAUAGGAUUUUUGGUAAGGAUGCAGAGAUGAUUAAUGAGGAGGACAAUGAUUUUGAUUCAACUCUUGGGGCCAUUGUCCCAUGGGACAGGAUGUCGGCAGAGUGCCAGGAUAGGAAGCUGCUUAUGAGGGAAAGCUUGAAGCCAGACAAGUGGAUGAUGAAGGAGGAUUGUGGCGACUUUGAUGAGAAGAGCAUUCUGAAUUGUGGUGAGGAUGCGGACUCCAAGCUGAUAAAACCCUUAAGGCAUGAUGGGACCAUUGUGCAGGACCCGAAUCUGGUAGGGAUACAGGCGGAUGGAUUCUAUCCUGAUGUUGCGAAGUGGUAUGAUUCGCCGAGCAGCUUGGAUCCUGGUGCAGAUUCUGUGGAUAGUGGAUUUAGGCAUGGAGGAAUUGUAUGACGUAGUGUUUAGGAAUUGCGUGGUUUGCCUUCCUUGAUGUUGGAAGGGAUUUGUAAAUUCUGUAUAGUGGGGGAAAGUUGGGACCCACCUUCAGAUUACUAGGUGGAGCUUCCCUUCAGUAUCACUUUUGGUUGUUUUAUAUGCAGGUUGCAUUUAUCAAUUAAACCAUGUUUAGUAGGCUUGUUCGUGAUGGCGCUUGCAGUCAUGAGCUACCGGCUAGUUGUUUCCAUUUUUGCCUACCCUUGGCCUUUUCUGGCACUUUCUUCGCUUAACCAUAAUCACGACUGGAAAUACUUGUAUUACUAUAUAUGGUUUCUUGCAUCUACAUGGCUAAGCAUGGAAUGUUUCUGUGAAUUAAUGUGGCAGGUUAUGAUUUGUAUUC